CGUCAAGACACUUCCAUAUUUUUUAAUCACAUUUCCAGUUUUGCUGGAAAGUCAGUACCAAACUAAAUCUAGGCGGAGAAAUAUAUGCAAAGUACAGUGAAGAUGCAUACUUUUCUUCCUCUUUCCACAUUCAUAUUUAUACCUCUUUUUCAUCAAUACACCUCCACCAACAACCUCAACACACAACACUUAACAACAACACUUGUGUCUUGUGUUAUUGUUGUUAAUUGUCAACAAUAUUAACAAUGGAAACUUUUUCUAUAGAUCAGUUCAAAUCCUUGUCCUUUCUUGGUUCUUUUUCUUCAAAUCCAAGAAAAAACUGUUUUUUUGCAUCAAAGAUGAAGAAUUGGACAAAAUCCAUUUCUCAGAUUUCUUGUUGUUCUACAAUGGAACAAGUGUUACGUCCAAAACCAAAAAACAAAAUUGCGUUUGAGGAAAAAGAAAAAGAAUUUGUUCCUGAUUUGGAUGAAACCCAGAUCAUAAAAAAGAGAUCUUUAUCACCUUCUGGUCUAUGUGCUCAGAUAGAGAAAUUGGUUUUGUGUAAUAAGUUUAUGGAGGCAAUGGAAUUGUUUGAAAUGUUGGAGCUUGAAAAUGCUGAAUCUUAUGUUGGUGCUAGUACUUAUGAUGCUUUGAUAAGUGCUUGUAUUCGUUUGAGAUCCAUUAUAGGUGUUAAAAGGGUGUUUAAUUAUAUGAAAAAUAGUGGGUUUGAGCUUGAUUUGUAUAUGAUGAAUCGGGUUUUGUUUAUGCAUGUACAAUGUAAUCUUAUGCGCGAUGCGCGUACGUGGUUUGAUGAUAUGCCGGAGAGAGAUUCUAGUUCUUGGAUGACAAUGAUUGGUGGGCUUGUGGAUUCGAGGAAUUACUCUGAGGCUUUUGAGUUGUUUUUGUGUAUGUGGGAAGAGUUUAAUAAUGGGAAGUCUCGUACUUUCGCGGCCAUGGUUCGUGCAUCGGCUAGGUUGGAUUGUAUUGAGGUGGGAAGGCAAAUUCAUACUUGUAUUUUGAAAAGGGCGGUGAAUGGAGAUCCAUUUGUAGAUUGUGCAUUGAUUGACAUGUAUAGCAAGUGUGGUAACAUUGAAGAUGCUCGGUGUGUUUUUGAUCAAAUGCCGCAGAAGACGACUGUUGGAUGGAACACCAUUAUUGCUGGCUAUGCAUUUCGUGGAUUUAGUGAGGAAGCUCUUGGUAUAUACUACAAGAUGCGUGAUAGUGGUACUAAAAUUGAUCAUUUCACUAUUUCAAUAGUGAUAACAAUUUGUGCGAGAUUGGCGUCAUUAGAACACGGAAAGCAAGGUCAUGCUGCAUUAGUUCGUCGUGGCUUUGGCACAGAUUUGGUGGCGAACUCGGCGCUUGUUAACUUCUACAGCAAAUGGGGGAGGAUGGAAAAUGCUCGACAUGUUUUCGACAAGAUGCACCGGAAGAAUAUCAUAUCUUGGAAUGCAUUGAUUGCUGGAUAUGGUCAUCAUGGUCGGGGAGAAGAGGCAAUAGAAAUGUUUGAGAAAAUGCUUCAAGAAAAUAUGACUCCCAACCAUGUCACUUUUCUUGCUGUCUUAUCUGCCUGUAGCUAUUCAGGAUUAUCAGAAAGAGGUUGGGAGAUUUUUCAGUCAAUGAGUCAAGAUCAUAACAUUAAGCCUCGAGCAAUGCACUAUGCGUGUAUGAUUGAAUUAUUAGGUCGAGAGGGCUUAUUAGACGAGGCUGUCGCACUAAUAAGAAAUGCUCCUUUCCCUCCAACCCUAAAUAUGUGGGCAGCAUUGUUGAUAGCAUGCAGAAUGCACAAGAAUUUAGAGCUUGGGAAGUUUGCAGCCGAAAAGCUUUACGGUAUGGAGCCUGAAAAGUUGUGUAAUUAUGUUAUGCUUCUAAACAUAUACAACAGUUCUGGCAAAUUGAAGGAAGCUGCUGAUGUUUUACAAACCUUAAAGAGAAAGGGUUUAAGAAUGCUUCCGGCAUAUACCUGGAUCGAAGUCAAUAAACAACCGCAUGCUUUCCUUUGUGGAGACAAAUCUCACAAGCAAACGAAAAAAAUAUACAAAAAAGUAGACAGCCUGAUGGUGGAGAUAUCAAGACAUGGUUAUGUUAUGGAGAAAGAAACAUUGCUACCUGAUGUGGACGAAGAGGAACAGCGCGUUAUAAAGUAUCACAGUGAAAAGCUUGCAAUAGCUUUUGGUAUCAUGAACACUCCGGAUUGGCUGCCUUUGCAAAUUACGCAAAGACAUCGUGUGUGCGGUGAUUGUCAUAAUGCGAUCAAACUUAUAACCUUGGUUACAGGACGAGAAAUUGUGUUAAGAGAUGCUAGUAGAUUUCACCGUUUUAAAAAUGGGAGUUGUUCUUGUGGCAAUUAUUGGUGAUGACAGAAUUGUGUCAUUCAAGCCAUAGAUUCCUUUUGCUCUCAAACGUAGUCCUACUUUUUUGAGCAGGAUAAAAUACUACAAUGCACUUUGUAUUGUUUUGCUUUUUGAUACUAUUUUUUUAUUUUAUUUUUUACUUCUUUGGCUGAGGAAUAGGAUGAAGAUACAAAAAAAAUGCAUUGAUGUAUCGAAAAGAUUUAAUAAAUACAAUGAAUGGAUGAAGUUUUCAAUUUU